CUUCGCAAGCUCUUAACAUGACACUUAUGUAUAUACGAAGUACAAAACAAUUUCACUGGCAACAAGAUGAUAAAACGUUCAUUUCCGUUGUUUUGAGACUUCGCGAACAGUAUAAGAAAUCAUUGAAGAACUAUCGACAAGCGUUUCUUAACUUUACUUCACUUUUGUUUACUGUGCUGCAUUUGUUUUAUGUUACUUGAAAACUUCGAAUGUUUUGAUAAUUUGGCAAUAAAUAUAAUGAAUUUCGUGUGACCUCAUCAUGAAGAAGAACGUAAAGACCUGCCUGAAGAAUUGAGUUGCCAUGAAUCGUACCGAUCGCUUAACAAGAAAAGCGUCUGGAGCUCUGACAAAAGGACUUCUCAACGCACCCGGGGAAAAUAACUGUUUUCUAAAUUCGGCGGUUCAGGUCUUGCUUCAUCUUGAUGUUUUUCGAAGAAGCUUUCGGGAAAUUUCUGGUCACUAUUGUGUUGGUGAAUCAUGCAUAUUUUGUGCACUUAAGGUAAUAUUCACUCAGAUCCAAUAUAGUGAUGAAGCAGCUUUGCCUCCUGAUGCUCUUCGGCAGGCCUUGGCUGUUACAUUCAAGGACGAACAAAGAUUUCAGCUCCAAGAUAUGGAUGAUGCUGCUGAAUGUCUUGAAAAUAUAUUGAAUCGCUUGCAUUUCCAUUUUGCAAUGAAUGAAAGAGAAGAGAUUUGUAGUGCACCUCAUUGUAUAUCACAUAGAAAGUUUGCCAUGGAGAUCAUGGAGCAGAGUUGCUGUCCAUCAUGCAAAGCUACAUCAGAACCUCUUCCGUUCUCACAGUUGGUUCAUUAUGUAUCAGUUUCUGCACUUUGUCAUCAGGCAAAUAUUUCCUCAACAAAACAUCAAGAUUUUGGCACUCUUUUACAACGGGCUGUAAACAAAGGAGAUCUUCGUAAAUGCCCCGGUAUAAAGUGUAACAAAAAGAUUGGUGUACAACAGUCUUUAUUAAACUGUCCUGAUGUUGUGUGUAUUGGUCUUAUUUGGGACUCCGAGAAUCCAGACUUGGAACAAAUAACGCAACUUUUGGAUUGCAUUGAUCCCGUUCUUCGAUUAUCCAACGUGUUUCCACUUGUUGUUGACGCUAAUGCUAAGGAAGUGGAGUUAAUGUUGGUGGGUGUUGUGACGUAUUAUGGAAAACAUUACUCAACUUAUUUUAAAAUCAGUGAUCUCAUGACAUGGAUAUAUUUUGACGAUGCAGUUGUCAAAAAGUAUGGCUCAGAAUGGGAGACAAUCAGGGAAAAAUGUUUUCAAAAUCAUUACCAACCACUACUUCUACUCUACGUCAAUGAACAUGCUAAACCUGUGAACACUAAAACCGCUCCAGCUGAAGUAAUUAUGGUGAAUAGUGAAACGCUUCUUGCUAUUCAAAAUGCAAAUAGAUCGAACGAGAAAACUCAACCAAACAACGGCAAAACAUUUUCUGUGUUACAUGAAACAAAGUCGGAUGAUGGUGCAGGUGCAAGAUUGUCUAGUUCCAGUUCUCAUUCGACCAUUUCAGAACAAGACAUGGAAACUGAAGUCUCUAGCCGUAAAUGGAAGAAGGAUCGUCGACCCAUAAAGUUAAUACGAGAGUUUGGAGCAGAUAUUAAAAAGGCCUUUUCCCGUAAUAGGAACAGCUCUCCCACCAGGGAACAUAACUCCGUGGAUAUUAAAUCAGAUGUAUCACGUGAUGACGGUGAAAAUUCCAUUUUACCUGAAGAUAAUACUGAUUCCACAAGGGAUUUACCUCGUAGUGCGAGUAAUUCCCCAACCCCGGAUGGACGCUUAACGACAAGAUCUUUUAAUGGUGAUUCAAGGUUUAACGCAUAUCCCGAGUCAAAAAUUAAGGAUUCCAGUGACUUAAUGCAUUUCACCACUGAGGAUAAAGCUUCAACAAGACAAUCAUCAAGUUCCUUGUCGAUGCAUGGUCGUGAUGUCGAAGACUUGGACAGUGGCCUGGGCUCAAGUCAGAGUAGUUCACCGGCCACUAGUUCUGUGAGUUCAGUAGACACUAAUGGUGAUGACCUUAUCGACUUUUCUACACGAACACAAAAUUAUUCAAAAGCAAAAACUCUCAACUUGAAAAUCAAUGUUAUGAUCCAGGAAGGAGAAAGUUAUCUAAAAAAGUCGUUUCAAGUGGAAAAAAGGAUUUACCUUCGGCUCUGUCAAUGGUUACGCACGCAACAAGGUGUUUUCGCCUUGCCAAGGAGACAAAUCCUUCAAGCAAAGAAAUUUUUCUAUACUUGUGCGACAAAUAUAGGUUUUGCUUGGAAAGAUCUCGUAACUUGCAUCAUCGCAUAGAAGAACAUAAAAAUGCCCCUACACGACCACCGUUCUCGGCACAAGAAAAGCAGACAUUAGUCCAUAGUCAGCGACUAAGAGAUCAACAAUUUCUAAAUGAUUUAAAACAUGGUGGAAAUUAUUUUCCUAAAGCUGGAGAGGAGGAUACUUUAAAAUCAAGUCGAUCACCCAACGAGCUAUACUCAAACGUGUCCACACAUACCUCAAAACCCCCCUCUACCACUCGAAGAUCCAACCCGCGUGUUUCUUAUUCAGGCAAUGGAUACUACCCGCGUGAUGACGUCAAUUGUUCUCAACGAAUGAAGCCAGACUUCCUUUGUUGCAGUCCCGUACAUUACGGUAAAUCAAACGGUUUGAAUCAUGAAGUUGAGCGAUUGAAUUUAGUCCCGAAUCGGAAACCCACGGUUGCACAUGUUUCGACUUCGUUUGUUCCCAUACGGGACAUUCAAGCGGAGAAAAUGCUCACGACCAGUACUGUUUUACCAAAUUCAAGAAACCAAAGAAACAACGACAGUAGACGUUACUCUAUUUAUGACAAUAUGCCCCUUGAAGACGGUAUGGAUUCGCUAAUUGAGCUAAAUGUCCCUCCUCGGACUACAUUAUCCCCUGUGUUUCAUCCAGAAACUAGGGAAAUAGGUUUCCGCGAGCCUCGUAGAAGGUAUGAUAAGCCGGAGCCUCCACCUUAUAACAUUGCAGCAAAGUCCCUUCAAAAUGCAUCACGUGUUCAAUCGGCCAAUCUGUUGCAACGCUUCAACGUUCCACUGCCAUCUGAUGAACUACAAAGAAUAAACGGUGAUUAUCGCAUGUCACGUUGUCAUCGAUGUAAUCAAGCUAUUGCUGAAAGCAACUCUUCUCUCUGUCGUUCUUGCUUGAGUUUGGAUCGAGCACAUCUAAAAAACACUACAAUGCAAUACUAGAGAACCUGUAUAAAUGUUAUAUACUUUUGUAUUAAAAAACAUAUCGUACUUAGGAGGAAAAAAUCGUAUGAAAUCUGAUAUUUUUAUUUACAGUCCAAAAAUAGUUGUUAAAUAUUCAAUAUUCAGUGAAAUUGUAUUAUUUAAAAGUUUUUGAAAACUCCCACUUGAAAAAGUAGCCUUUUUAUUUUUCCAGAACACCGCGGUAAUCACUUUGGGCUGUGCAAAAUCAGAAGGUCUUUACAAUUGUAUAUUUAAAUAUAAUACGGAUUUCAGUCAAUCAUUUUGUACAUGUGUGUACAUAAUUUGAAAAUUCUUUAAGUGAUCAACUUUCUUUGAGGAUUAGAGUAUUCAAUUUUAAAACUAAUAUCAAAUUACCUAUGCAAAAAAUUACAAAAAUUGUUCAAUAAAGCGCCUGUUAAAUAGAUCAGAAUUACUUUUUAAAAAAAAAUUAGAAUUUGAUCUAAUGUCUGA